GCUGCUUUAAUAACUUAACCCUAAGCGCUGACAGUCAGGAGAAGGUGCGAUUUGUGUGGCCGACAGCCUGCAGUCUCCUCACUUUGGCUCGGUUUCUGCAGCUUGUUACCUGCAGAUAUUGUACAGCUCGACUUGUUUUAGAGAGUAGCGCUGCAGUGAUACUGCAUUUUUGAGAAGGAAAAAAAACUUAACAGGAGAAAUAGCCACAGUAAGUAAAUAAUGUACAGUAAUAUCGGAGCGUGUAUUUUGUAUAUCUUUGUAUUGUAAGUCUGAUGUAGGAUUUAUGUUUUUUUCUCAUGUUACUUGUCUGGUCAGUAUUUCUAUUUUUGGUGUUUUUACUGAAUAUAGGUAUUGUGAAUACAGAAAAUGGCCAGUUAGGAAUCUGUGUCAUGAAAUCUGACGUAUUUUAUGUAUGUUCUAAAAAACUAUUAGAAUACUACAGUUUGUGGUUUACGAUUGGCAUUUUGACUUGCGUUUUAGCUCUAGUUAUGUGUAGUUAUUUGAACUGAACUAUUUUUUGUUACUGCAUAUAGACAUAACAGGGUAUAUAUAGAGAGAUAUAGGAUUAACUCCUAUAUACUGAAACACUGAAACGUAGCUGACAGUGUUUAUAAAAUAAGGUUGCAACUGUACGAGAUACUGCGUUAUUGUGUCAGCUCCGCAGACAUACAUCUGCGCAAUCGCUUCGGACCCUCAGAGCAAAGUCGUGACGUCAUUAAGACCUGAGGUGCACAGUGACGUCAACAAGAGCGGAAGUGCACGGUGACACUGUCACUCACCGCUCCCAUUUAUGUUACAUCUCCUUCAGGGUGUUUUUUAUAUAUAUAUAUAUAUAUAUAUAUAUAUAUAUAUUAUUAUUAUUUAAAUUAUACUAAGGUAUCUCCAGCCUGCCUUGUUAGCUCAGAUAUGAAGCAAUUGGUUUAGAAGAGAGAUUUGUAUAUUACCCAUUAUGAGUAGAAAAUAUUGCUUUUCAAAAGUAAUGUUGAUUUUUUUUUUUUGGUGUUGAAUAUAUGUAUUGUUAAUAUUUGAUUGAUUAAUGAUCAACAAGUUGGUUAGUGAUCAGCAUGUUCACGUUUUCAGUUCUCUCUCUGGGUAGUUAUGACAUAUAAUUGCAAUUGACACAACAUAGACUUCAUAUAAAGAUCCAUAUUGGAAGAAAUUUGCAACAUUUUGCUUCAUUGACAGUAGUGAUAUCAAAUGUGAAAGCAGGCAAGGAAUUAACAGCAUCUGUUCAAAAACCAACACUAUUUUCCCAGAUCAUUUAAAAAUGUAAAAAUAGUGUUUAAUGUUUCUAACCUUCAUGUAAAUCCAUAAAAAUGAACCGGUGGCAUUUCAUGAAUGCAUAUGAGUUUCUUCUUCUGUUACCAACCGCGUUAUAUUUGUUUAUUUUUUUGUAUUUGUUAAUAAAGACUAUAUGAAAACUAUUUUUGGUUAUUUUUCUUUGUUUCUUUGUUACGCCAGUAACAGCAUUGUUGCUCUGUCUUUUGUAUUGUUUUUGUCUACAUUUUUCACAUUGUUACCUUGAUUUAUAUAUGUUAUCCCAUUUGUUCUUCCCCCAGUCCUACACUCAUAAAACGACCAUUUUGCUGAAUUGUCACCAGACGUAGAAUCAACAUUUACUUUGUGCUAUAUGAAAAGUAUGGAAAGCACACUAAGCAACACUACAUUAUAUUAUAUAUGAAUGAGGACAAGGUCGUGUCAAGUCAAAUCCCAGGAGGUGACUCUCUUGGUUUUACCCUUGAGCAAGGUACUUAACUUGCACUUAAUAUUUAAGAAGGGGUCAGAACUGGUUCACUGUGGGUAAACAACCAGGACUGUUACAGCUCACUGCUGUAACAUUGUUGUUUUUAUCAUUUUAAUAAUAUGAUUAUGAUAAAAUCAUGAUGCUGAGUAUGAUUAUACACAAAAAAACCUAAUUGGGAUUAGAUAGCAUGGGGUAUGUGUAUAGUAAUGUAAAAGCAGCAUUGGUAUGUUUAUUAAGAAUUAUUGAAUAUUUAGGAAGUACAUGCAUCUGGAAUUGUCGGGCAGGUCUGUCAAGGUCAGUAUAUAAGAAAUGGAAGGUAAGUGCUCAAAAGAACGAAUUGCACAAAAUGAACUUUGUUCAGUUCUUGCAUUGUUGAUUGAGAAGUUCUGCUUUCGGGCAAUAAGCUGUGUUUGUUUGACUGGUAGGUCAAGGGGUGAAAAUGUCCGACAAAAGUGACCUCAAAGCUGAGCUGGAGCGUAAGAAACAGCGUCUGGCUCAAAUACGGGAGGAGAAGAAAAGGAAGGAGGAGGAGAGGAAAAAGAAAGAGUCGGAGAUGCAGCAAAAGGCCGAAACGCUUCAUGAAGAUUCUGACCUAGACCGCAAACGGAGAGAAACGGAAGCGCUUCUGCAGAGCAUUGGGAUCUCCCCAGAACCACCACUAGUUCCAACUCCUAUGUCUCCUUCAGUGAGCACGCCCAGCGAGGCCGGCAGCCAGGAGUCGGUAGACGGGGGCGUGGUAGGAAGGACCCUGCAGUGGGAUACUGAUCCUUCUGUACUGCAGCUGCAGGCUGACUCUGAGCUCGGUCGCAGGAUGCACAGAUUGGGGGCAUCAAAAAUCACCCAAGUGGACUUUCUGCCCCGGGAGGUCGUAUCUUACUCCAAAGAGACGCAGACUCCUCUGGCUGCCCAUCAGUCUGAAGAGGAAGAGGAGGAUGAAGAGAUCUCUGAGCCAAAGCCUGGGCCUCAGUCCAAUGAGGAAGAUGAUCAGAAGCAGGAGAUAAAAGAAGUCCACCCCAGAGAGCUUACGGAAGAGGAGAAACAGCAAGUUCUUCACUCGGAGGAGUUUCUCAUCUUCUUUGACCGCACCAUCCGUGUGGUUGAGCGCGCACUGGCUGAGGAAUCAGACAUCUUCUUUGAUUACAGUGGCCGUGACCUGGAGGACAAGGAAGGGGACAUUCAAGGAGGUUCCAACCUGUCUUUCAACCGUUUGUUCUAUGAUGAGCACUGGUCCAAGCACAGAGUCGUUACCUGCCUGGAUUGGUCACCACAGUAUCCUGAAUUGAUGGUGGCGUCUUAUAACAACAAUGAAGAUGCGCCGCAUGAACCUGAUGGUGUUGCACUAGUUUGGAACAUGAAAUUUAAGAAGGCAACUCCAGAGUAUAUAUUUCACUGCCAGUCGUCAGUGAUGUCGGUGGGCUUCGCUCGAUUUCACCCUAACCUGGUAGUGGGAGGAACAUACUCAGGGCAGAUUGUGCUCUGGGACAACCGCUGUCACAGGAGAACCCCGGUCCAAAGGACCCCUCUGUCUGCCGCAGCACACACUCACCCUGUGUACUGCGUGAAUGUGGUUGGUACCCAGAAUGCCAAUAACCUGAUCACAGUGUCCACUGAUGGGAAGAUGUGCUCCUGGAACCUGGAUAUGCUCUCUCAGCCCCAGGAGAGCAUGGAACUGGUUUACAACAAAUCCAAGCCUGUGGCAGUAACAGGGAUGGCUUUCCCUACUGGAGAUGUAAACAAUUUUGUGGUGGGGAGCGAGGAGGGGAUGGUCUACACUGCCUCCCGGCACGGCAGUAAAGCUGGCAUCGGAGAGAUGUUCGAGGGUCAUCAGGGACCGGUAACCGGCAUCAGCUGCCACAGUGCCGUUGGCCCCGUCGAUUUCUCCCAUCUCUUUACCACCUCGUCAUUCGACUGGACUGUCAAACUAUGGACCACAAAGAACAACAAGCCACUGUACUCCUUUGAAGACAAUGCGGAUUAUGUUUACGAUGUCAUGUGGUCUCCAGUGCACCCUGCACUCUUCGCCACGGUAGACGGGAUGGGACGCCUCGACCUGUGGAACCUCAACAAUGACACAGAGGUCCCCACUGCGAGUGUCACCAUCGAGGGGACCUCUGCCUUAAACCGGGUGAGAUGGGCCUCCGGGGGCAGGGAAAUAGCAGUCGGUGACUCAGAAGGACGGGUUUGGAUCUACGAUGUGGGAGAGCUGGCUGUACCCCACAUCGACGAGUGGAGCCGCUUUGGCCGCACAUUGGUCGAGAUCCGAGCGAACAGGGCCGACGGGGAGGAAGAGGGCGCCGUUGAGCUGGCCGCGUAGAAUCCGCUCCAGUAUGAGAAUUACUCAGAUGUGACGGUACUUCGUGUUUAAUUUGCACAUAAAUACUGUGCCUGCAUUUUUUUGCUGCUUUAUUUACUGAGCAUUUGCCAAUUGCCACGUGCCGGCAGCAGGCAUUUCCAUUAGGAACUGGAAUUAUUUGGUGACAUAAUUAUUAAUGAUGCAGCUGUCAUUAAAACAUACAGCUGGCUAUGGAAAUUUCACUCUGGGUAGGUAACCUACCUGAAGGCAAGCCAGGAGUAGCGUACCAUAAUACCUCUCAUUCAGAAUGCUUGGACAAUGCAUAUAUCUGUGUUUACCUGUGGGAGUUAUCUGCAUGUAGCACACUAAUGAGGAAGCUUUGUGUUAAAUGAUACAUGUGCAAUAUAUGUACUUUCAAGCAGAUAUGUGUAACUGCAUAUAACUUCAUUAUUUUAAAUGCCCUUUAAGGCAUUGGAUCUAAUCGUAUUAACUUGCAGCUGCAUCACUGGACUUAAUGGCAAGUUUAUAUGAGUUCUGUGUCUUUCUCGUGGUGAUUGAUAGCAUCUGACUGGUGUUAAUCCAAAUGUAAUGUCAGUAUUCAGUAUUUCAAGUCUCUGCUGUUGAAUUCAUGGAGAAAUCCUGUGAUAAUGCAUUAUCUGUUCAAAAUGCGUAGCCUCUUCCAAUAUGAUUCAAUGGAUAUUUGUAUCGUUUACCUAAAAUGAACGACAGAACAUUCAAAAAAGUAAGAGUACUGACAGGCUUACAUUGAAUCUGGGAGAUAAAACUGCUGUGGAUUUAUCUGUCUAUUCCAAUAAAAAUAUUUAUGAAAAAAUAAUACAGCCAUUCAAUAAAAUAAGUUGACAACCAA